AUGGGUUUCAAUUGCGUGCGUCUCACGUGGGCUACAGAGAUGUUCACAAAUAAGGCUUAUGCCAAUCUCACUGUCGCGCAAUCGCUUGAAAGGUGGAAUUUAGUGGCAGCCUCGUUUGGCAUGUCUCUCAACAAUCCUGAUUUGAUGAACAAAACGCUUAUUGAGACACAAAAGACUGUUAUUGAUGCGCUAGGCCACGAAAAUUUGAUGGUCAUUCUUGAUAACCAUGUUAGCUUCCCUAUAUGGUGUUGUGAUUGGAAUGACGGAAAUGGCUUCUUUAAAGAUCUUCAUUUUCAUCCUGUCGAAUGGGUUCAAGGCUUAUCUACUGUGGCUAAACUAUAUAAAGGAAACCCCACGGUUGUUGCCAUAAGCCUCAGGAAUGAGUUACGGGGUCCACGUCAGAACGAAUUUGAUUGGUACCAAUUCAUGGAAGAGGGUGCAACAGCAGUUCAUUUGGAGAAUGUAGACGUGUUGGUCAUUGUUUCAGGCUUAUCAUUCGAGACAGAUCUCACUUUCUUAAGGCAAAGGAAACUAAACUUCGGAGUUAAUGUGAACAACAAGCUAGUAUAUGAGGCACACUGGUACGCAUUUGCUGAUCCACCGGAAAAAUGGAUUUUUAGUACAAAUGAAUUCUGUGCAGAGAUCACGGAGUGGUUUAUGAGCCAAACAGGAUAUGUGAUAUACGAACGAAGCCCGACACCCAUUUUUCUAAGUGAGUUUGGGAAAGAUCAAAAUGGUGCAAGUGAAGCUGAGAACAGAUACUUCAUAUGUGUGAUGGCUCUUUUGGCUGAUAAAGAUCUUGAAUGGGCACUCUGGGCUAUGCAAGGGAGUUAUUAUCUUAGAGAAGGUCAAGUCGAAUGGGAAGAGCCUUACGGCAUGUAUAGUUUUGCUUGGGACAAAAUAAGAAAUUCUUCUAUACUACAGCUUAUGGAACUUAACCAGCAAAUGAUUCAAGAUCCUACGUCGGAGUAUGCAUCAUACUACGCAAUGUACCAUCCACAAACAGGGCGAUGCGUUUCUGUAAACAAAAACAAUGUUACCACAUCAUCUUGCCAUAGACUACAAAGGUGGGGUUUCGAAUACGAUGAAAAUGGCAGUAGGAUCACAUUAGUUGGCACCUCUGGCUGUUUAACAGUGGUAGCUGACAAGGCUCCGGUAAAGGUCACAGGAGACUGUUCGAGUCAGAAGAGUACGUGGAAAUUCGUAUCAAAAUCAAAAAUGCAUUUAGCUGCAAGAGAUGAGAAAGGAAUGGAUUUGUGCUUAGAAUGGGAUUCUUUAAAUUCAACAAUUGUGACUAACAAAUGUUUAUGCCUUGGGGAUGAUUUAGGAGAUCUUCCUUGGUGUUCUCAAAAUCCCCAGACGCAAUGGUUUAAGCUUAUUUUGACAAAUAAACACUACUGA